AUGUCGUCGCUGCGACGCCUGGCUGGGCUGGGCCUGCUCUUGACUGCGCUUCCGCUUGUCCUCGGCGAGCUCAAACUGGUUCAGAUUCUCUUUCGACACGGUGACCGCACAGCGCUGCGAGACUUGCCCGGCGUGUCCCAGCCGAGUGACUGGCCCGAGGGCUAUGGCCAGCUCACAGCGCUGGGCAUGCAAAUGCAUUACAAUGUCGGCGCAUAUUUUCGCAAACGUUACAUUCAGGACCUUUCUUUUAUCGAUGCCGCUUACAAUCAUGAGCAGAUUGUGGUGCGCUCGACAGACGCAGACCGAACCCUCAUGAGUGCCCAGGCUCAGCUGGCGGGCUGGUUCCCCGUUGAGACAUCGGUGCUUGGUCCCCCUGACAUUCUGUGGCGACCCGUCCCGGUACACACGCGGCCCGUGGAGGACGACUUGCUCCUGCGCUCAUGGAGCCAGGGCGUCUGUCCGAGGUAUGAUCAGCUCGAGGCCAACUGGAACCAGACCCAGGGCUGGCAUGACAAGAACAACCAAAUCGUCGACCCCCUCGCUUGCCAGGCCGUGCAUCUUCCUGCCGACCAAAACUGCACGGUUGCCCAAUACCUCAGCGCCCUCGAGCCCAUUAGCCAAAUUGCGCCCCUGGACCUUGACUCUCUCUGGCAGAUUUCAGACACCUUGCUCUGUCGCCGAAUGCACAACCUGAGUAUGCCCGACUAUGCCAACCACUCGGACGUGGGUGAGGCCAGCUACAGCCUCCUCCGGAGCCUUGAAGAUUGGGGCAUGUAUGCCAUGUUUGACUCGGUGCCCAAGCGGCGCCUCUCUGGUGGGCCAGUGCUACAAGAGCUGAUUUCAAACAUGCAAGCUGCACUCCAGGAUUCAUCUAUGCCCCGCGUUUUCCUCUACUCGGGCCACGAUACCAACCUUGCCGCCGUACUUGAAGCGCUUCAGACUGACCACUUCCGCGCUCGUGCGCCACCCUACGCUUCUUGCUUGAUCGUUGAACUGCACGUUGAGGAUGACACCCCCUUUGUCCGGAUUGUGUUUAAGAACGAGAGUGCCAUCGAUGCGCCAGAGCAUCCAGGGCACACGCUCACUGUCAAAACCUGCGAGCAUUCCGACUGCCCACUCUCGGAAUUUGUCAAAGUGAUGUCUCCCAUAUUGCCUACUGACAUGACCGUUGAUUGCCAAGCCGCCACGCCUUCACCCACGACUCGAGCAUCCAGCAGCACGACGACCAAGAAUGUGCCUGCCUCCACGAUUGAUCCCACAAGCGCGGAUGCUGCCAACAAGCGCGACCUCACUGUGACGGCCGUCGUCGUCGCCAUUUGCCUUGCCCUGGCCGUCGCGGCCACGUUCUUCAUUUUGUUUCGCCGCCGGCAACGACGCAUGCGCACCAUUGGCACGAACAUCAAGUACACCAGCCGCUCUCUGGCAGCACCUCUCAGCGUCGUGGAUGAUGACGACGAGGAAGAAGACGUCUUUUCCAGCAACUAUCCCAACGCACCAGCACAGCGGCCUGGCCGAGCCUCCCGCAAUCAGUCUGAUGCAUUUGCAUAAGAACAUAAACAAAAAACGACAAGUAGCCUGCACGGCAGGCCCAUGGAAUUGAAAUCCUGACACG